AUGUCGUUGACGAAUAGAUCUGACGAUUCGAAGUCUGAGCAGAAUUGCGACGAGAGCUCGCCCACUUUUUGUAUCUCAAAAUCUCGAUUCCCGACGCUCGCGACGGAGUCAGAAGACCGUGGCUUCGUCGUCAAAUACAUCAAUGGCAUCAAUUGCGGCACGCUGUGCGUCGGUUUCGUGGGUAAUCUCACGUCCUGCUUGGUCAUUUUGUGCAGCAAAUCGAUGCAUACGCUCACCGAGUUCUACCUCCUCAGCUUGUCGAUUUCGGAUCUGCUGAUUUUUACCACGGGCGUGCUGUACGAUGUCUACUACUCAACUCACCAUCCUGUCAUCGUUCUCGUAUUCGUCAUUUCUUGGGCUCCAUACUACGUUGAAGAAGUAAUGUGGUAUUACAAAUACUUGAGCGGCAGAGGAUCCGACGAUACCAUGUUUUACACAAUGGUACUGAAGUUGUUGACUUAUGCUUUAUCCUCAGCUCUAAAUCCCAUUAUUUACAUCAUGAUGUCGAGAAAAUUCCGGCAGGCAUUCAAGGUACACUAUGAUUCCUUACAGAACGUAUCGUUAUAAUUUUUCACACAUACCGAAGCUCCGAUUAACUGAAUUCACAGGAA